CUUUAAUGCCGACACCGCGGCGAUUCAGUUUCGUCAAAGGAGAUACUAACACUGACUGCAAGAAAUUGGUCACAGUUCGUCGAGAAGCCUUGUCGUAUUUCACCUAUGAAAAGCAGCUCAAGCAAGCAAAAGUUUGCCUUUGCCAGGUGUAUGAGGACUUUACAGAGUUGUCGAUUACAAGGGAGGAACCACCAGCAACACAAAUCUGCUUGGUGGGCGAUGCCGGCAGGGAUAUGGAAACGCUGCAGGCAGCCCACUCCUUUGGCAUGCCAGUGAUAAUAUCUGAAACAGGAAUGGAGUUCAUCGAUGGUAGUGGUAUUCCUGAUGGAGCCAAAAGUCGUACGUUCUUCGUCUUGCCAGAUUUCGAAGGCUCCCUAUAUGAGACAUUGAACAGCCAGAAGCAAUGUAUUUUGGGUCCCCCCGCGUUGAAGCAUGCGGCUCAGUUGAAAAUUACCAUUGGGCAGAACACACGACCCAUCUACAAUUAUGCCAUGCAGGGCGUUGUGACCAGCUUCACUGGCAUAAGGAAGCGGGAAGAGUUGACUAAAAUGGUCCAUUUGAUCCACUCAAUGGGCGGGUGUAUUAAAAAGGAUUUGAAUAAGCGUACAACUCAUUUAAUUUGUAACCAAAGUGGUGGAGAAAAAUACGAAUACGCAAAAACUUUUCGUUUGGGGAUAGUCAGACCAGCUUGGGUAUACGCCGCCUGGGAUGAGCGGAAUACCUUAGAUUUUGAUGCCACAAAAGAAAAUUUCACUAAAUCGCACAAAUUGAAGCCUUUUGAAGGUCAUAAAAUCUGUUUUUUCGGCUUCCCGGCAGAGGAUCAUCAACAUAUGGUGGAUGUUUUAUUGGAAAAUGGUGGAAUGUAUGCCGAAUUGGAUGAUCCAGAGUGCUCUCAUGUGGUGGUUGAUGAGCAUACAACUACAACGAAACCAGAGCCAAAUAACAAGAGCUCCCAUAUAUUGAAAUCGGAUUGGUUUUGGUACUACAUAAAGGAUGGCUAUGCCAAUGAACGGGACUACUUGUUUGGAGACUAUCUGGAUACCUUUGCAAACACCCCGAAUACAGCUGAUCGUCCUGAAUCGCUGCUAUUUAGCAAUAACAAAAGGAAACGCAAACGAAUUUCACAGCGUCUACAAUUGGAGGGCACUCCAUUGGGGUCCAGCAAGAGACGUUCUUCUGUAUCAGAAGCUGGCCUCUUGUCUGGUUCGAAUAGUUUUUUCGAUUGCACGACCAGUCCGGAUAAAUCGCUGGGUGACAAGCUGUUAAUGCAGGCGGGAGAGGCGGAAGUUGGUGGUGAAUCCUCAACGCCGGCAAAGAAAUCAAUGCGGUUUAAUCAUUUUAUGGAUUUCUUUACCACGGAAUCGAAUUAUGUCGGAAUAUUGGAUACCAUAUUGAAUCUGUUCAAAAACAAACUCGAUGAGUUGGCCGAAACCGAAGAUGAUGAAUUGCUAAAUAAAUCUGAAAUUAAAUCGAUUUUUGGUAAUUUUCAACCCAUACAUGAGGUGCAUCAAUCAAUGCUUGAAAAAUUACGCGAUAUGCAUUCGAAUUGGCAUGAGGAUUGUCUAAUUGGUGACAUUAUCAUUCAACAUCAAGAUCAAUUGGUCAAGGCCUAUCCUCCCUAUGUGAAUUUCUUUGAGAAAAUGAAAGAGCAACUGCAUCGUUGCGAUCGGGAAUAUCCCCGCUUCCAUGCAUUCCUCAAGAUUAACCAGAUGAAACCGGAAUGCGGUCGCCAGAGCUUGGAGGAUCUCAUGAUUCGACCAGUUCAGCGCUUGCCAAGCAUAAGUCUUCUGCUAAACGACAUCCUAAAACACACCACAGGCUCUAAUGUGGACCAUGCGAGGCUCGAGGAGGCCCUCAAGGCCAUCAAACAGGUUAUGUUACACAUAAACGAGGAUAAACGGCGCACCGAAUCGAGAAUGGCCAUGUUCGAUAUAUUCAACGAUAUCGAAGGUUGCCCAGCGCAUUUGGUUAGCUCCAACAGGAGUUUCAUAUCGAAGUGCGAAGUGAAUGAGUUAUCCGAUUCGCUAAGCGGUCGUGGCGACAGUUUACUAUUAUUCCUUUUCUCCGAUUCCAUUGAGUUGUGCAAGCGGAAAUCAAGAGGUUUCAAUACGGCCAAGUCCCCAAGUACGGCCAAAACGCACAAGCAUAUCAAGUUUAUUUCAUUGAAUACGGUUCAAUUUGUGAUCGAUAUAACGGAUAGCUCGCGUGCAUUUGGCCUCCUGCUACGCGAUGAGAAGGAGAAUCUAUAUGCAUUUAGCAUAACUGACGAGGAAACGGAGAAAUCGGUCUAUGUUAAGAAGUUGUCGAUGCAAAUAGCUGCUCACACAUGUCGGACUGAUGCUAGUAAUAUCUUGCUGUGCCACACUUCCAAGGAACUGCAAGUGGACAUAAGUGAUACAAAUGUCAGUACUUUGAGCAAGGCUUUCAAAUUGGCUGCGAGGACACGCCUUAAGGUCGGUCGAGCGUUCUCCUUCAACAAAACUCCAAACAAAUUGAAACGUGCUGUAUCAACUAUAAUGACGUCGCCAUUUGGCAGCAAUAACUCAUUGACGCCGGCCUCCCAAUUGUCCCAAAUGCGUUUGGCGAGCUGCACUAACAUCAAUGAAGUGGAUGAUGACGAUGAGGAUAUGCGCAGCAAUUCGCCCUCAACGCAAUCGGUGCCGCCGCUUUCAGUGCAGCCCACACGCAAGAAUAAACCAGGCAUUGACCGCAUAUAAAUCCAAUGACUACGAGACUCCAAGGACUCGCCAAUGUAUUCCAUUUUGUGUGUUUUAUAUUCAACGAAACCCAGAAUCUCGCUGCACUACAGCUACACCACACACACAC